AGAACGGUUAUCGCUUCUAAUCGAAUUUACCCCCAAAGUUCGUAGCAAAUAGCCAGGCAAAUAUUUGCUGAAUACACUUAUUCGCGGAAUUCGACCGAAAGAUGUCUCCUUAAAUGGUGUUUUAUUGUGUGAGUGUGUGUUUUUUUUUGGAGUGCAACAACCGGCAAGUGAGCUACUUUUGUGGAAUUUCAUCACCGGAUAGCAGACUCCAAGAACCCCAGACGCCAAAAGCCGGUGCUCCAUUUUAAGGAUAUUCCAUGCCGAUGCCGUGCUGCUGGCUAAAUAAAUAGCAUCGAGGAGCGCCAUUGGGCACUAGGCACUAGGAAACGGUUACGGAAUGGAUGCGCGCCGGCAGAAACGACUUGGCCCAGCGCCAAUUGCAUCCUUCGAGAAGUCAUUCGAGGACAAUGCCACGACAAAUGCACAACAGUCGCAGCAGCAGCAGCAGGAGCAACAGCAUCACCAUCACCAGCCCCAUAACCAUCAGCAUCCUGGCCAAGUGGCGAUGAUGGAGCAGAGUGUGAGGAAUCAGACAACGAUGUCGAAGACGACGAAUCGCAAUAGAACCGCCGGCGGCAUUGAAGCACCCAGCAUAGCCACUGCAUCUGCAUCCGCAUCCGCAUCUGCAUUAGCAAAUGCAAGUACAGCCGCCUCCGCAUCCGCAACAUCCGCAGCAUCUGCCUCCUCCUCGUCGUCGUCAUCGGUUUCAUCGGCCACUUGCUCGGCGACGAUUGUCCAGGCGAAGCAGCGACCGCCGCCACUGAAAACGGCAACGACAACGGUGACCACCACCUUGGUGAGCAGCAGCGAGGGCGGUCAGCCCAUACCACCCACCGCCCACACGGCUGGCGGUCCAGGGGGCGGCCCAGGGGGUGGUGCUAGUGUAGGUGGAAGUUAUCGCGGGGCUGCCACCCUGACCACGCCCUCAACGCCCCGCAUCGAACUGAGUCGCGCCUCCAGUUCGUCGCAUCACGAGGAGGACAGCCGGGAAAGCAGUCCGGAAAAUGUAUUCGAGCAGGUCGGCACCGGCACCCUACAGGAAACGAUUGGCGUUGGCUUUCGGGAGGAUGGCGCUUUGGAGCUGCGCAGCUCCACCGAGGAGCUGUACUUCAUGGAUCCCGAGCAGAAAAAGGAGGAGCAGGAACGGAUCCAGCAGCAGCAGCAGCAGGCCAAGCGCUCAUCGCCGCACAUCUUCAAGUUCGAUGACCACCAGAGUUACCUGCAACAGCACCAGCGCAAGGACUCGGCCAGCUCGGAGGUGGCUGCCCUGCUGUGCAUCUCGGGUCGCACCAGCCGCAUCUCGAGCGUGGGCAGCCAGGGAUCGGCGGUGAGUCGCCUCUCGGCGAUAUCGGGUGUCUCGCGCUCCCCCUCCCCGCAUCGCAUGCUCCUGGAGACCUCAUUCUGUGGCCCCAAGCCCGUGGAGCUGGCCGGGAGCGGGGGUGCCAGCAAUGCCUCCACGGCAGCCAGCUCCGCUCACAGUCAGGCGGACGGAAUGCCGGGUGCCGGCACUGUGGCCGCAAAUGCGGCACUAUUGGAGCAACUGUUGCUAGCCCGCAAACAUGAUCCCACCCAGGCGGUAUUGGCCGAGGGCAUCAAGGUGCUGCCCCCCGCACCAUCAGGUGCCGCAGCCACCAGCUCAAGUCGCAGCAGGAGCAGGCAGACCAGCUCGCUGGCCAACGGCGAACGCAUGGAGAAGGAGCCAAAGGUGAAGCAGUCGAUUGGCGCCCAACGCAGGAGCACCAAGAGUCCGGGUCAAAUGGUUGUGGGCAAGACGGCCAGCGGCACGGAGUAUAUAAGGAUUAAUCUCAGACCGGAUCACAUGUACAGUGACAAGGGCAUUGCAUCUAAUGAGCGCGUGGUGGAGGCACCCAAUCAACUGGCACCGGUCUACUCCAAGCCGGCCUCGUUGAGCCUGCAGGGUGCUCCCAUAGAGGAGCAUCGUUUGACCCCCACAGCGAGUCCCAAGCCGGGCCGACGCUUGACCAGUCGUUCACCUUCACCCGCCACUGGAGCUGGUGGCGGAGCAGGUGGCUCCGUGUCGCGCAAGAGCUCCUUCAGCUCCCUCUUUCGUUUGGGCAAAGAUUCACCGGAUUCGCCCAGGGAGACGGCUCGAUCGCGUAGCAAAAGCAAAGAACGACCAGCCACUGCAUCGGGCGGAUUGGGAGGAGGAGGCGGAGCAGGCGGAGGCGGUUCCCAGAAUGUAACGCCUAGUAAGCAAAAGUCCGUGCUGGCCAUCUUCAAGCCGGGCAAGAGGGGCAGUCAGAGCAGCAAGAGCUCGUCGCCCAUAGAGUCCAGUGUUGAGCCCGUGCCACCGCCACCACCACCCGCACCUGGAUCGGGGUCAACAAAUCGCAGCCGAACCCCCGUGGGAUCGCGACCAGGCAGUCGCCUGCGUUACUACGAUGAGCCUGUGGAGGGGGUUAUCCAUAUACCGCUGCACACGCCGCCGGAAGAGCGCGAGGCACGCACUCUGCUGCAAGGCAUCCAGCAGCUGACCCAUGCGGCGCAGGCCAGCAUGGAUCCCUCGCCGCUGCCCACCCACCGAGCACCGCCCACUUCCGCUCAACCAGUGGCGCCGGGCACCCAAAUCACAGCCACCCAAUUGGCGGCCGCAGCGGCUGCCUUGCGUCCCGUGACCCAAAGGAGGGUGGCCCAACGACCGGAUCUGGAUGCCAUACAAUCGAUGCCCAGCCAGGAAGAUCCGCCAACGGCGCCUGGCGAGGAGACGAUCCUUCAGCAGCCGGAACCGGCCAACUGGAGCCUGGAGGUUCAGCGACACAGUUCGCAGGACUCGCAGGAGACGACGGCCGAAUCGGUGGGCUCGGUGGUUAGUGCCCGGGCGGCUAAUCUUGCCCAGCAACGGGAGCAGGCAGCCAUGCAGCGACUGCCCUCCGUGGAAAGCACACAGAGUGCCUGCGAGCCGAGAUUGGUGCACACGGUGGCCACUGUGAAUGCUCCCAAUCCGGAUUCGGAGGCAGCCGCCAAGGAGCGCAGACGUCUGUUGUUCGCCACGCGGUUGGGUUCAGGCAGUCAGGAGCAGCUCUUCUCCACCCAGUUCAGUAUUUCGAAGACAGAGAGCCAGUCGAGUCAGCUAUCCGAGCAAGUGGAGCACUCUGGCUCUGAAACCGCCGAGGGAUUGCAGCGCCAGGCAACUGUGAUUCGACGAAUGGAAACCGGUCCUCCACCGCCACCGCCAAGAGGCGUCUGCAGUUCGGAGGAGGAGCAGGGCGCCGUCAUGUCCGGCUCGGUGGUGAUGCGUGCCAAGCGAUCCAAGUCGCGUCCCAGCUCGGAGGAUGAAGCUGCUCCGACGGCCGCGGCGGAUUUGCGCCACUCACGUUACUUGGAGAACUUCGAUGUGCGCCGCAAGCUGCACGAGAAUCUUACGGAAGCGGAAGUGAGUCGAUCGGGUGAAAUGCCAGGAAGUCAGGCAACCAUACCCAGAAAGCCAAAGCGACAGAGCGUUCCAGAAUCAAGACGUGAAACCCCUAGCUAUAGUUCUGGCACUGUCACACCCACCACUCCCACACCAACGCCAGCCACACCGGUGGGUCAGUCCAAGCAGCCACCGACCUCUGCAACUACUCCCACAUCCAAAGGAGUUUCAGUGACCACCACACCCGCCACCGCUGCUCACGCUUCCACUUCUUUUACGGGUCCUCCAGACACUUCCUCCAUUGAGCCAUCAAACACCACCCGCAGGGAUCAGCCCAGCACUUCCCAUAAGGAGCCACCAACUGGAGCCGCUAGGGAACCUGUAACCACUUUCAUUAGGGCGCACGAAAGCACUUCCCAUCACGAUUCUCUGACCAGUGUAUCCUCCCCGCCACCAGAACGUCGUCACUCGCAGUCAACGGAUGAGCACGAGCCCGUGGAAUCCUCGGAGAGUGAAAGGGACUCGGACAUGGCCGGUAGCUCUUCAGUGACUACGGCAGUGCCUGCUGGUGGAGAAUCAGGACGACGGCACCACAACUUUCCGCGCAACGUGUGCGUCAUAGAGGAGCAUGAGAGCACGGGUCUGGUGUCUCAAGAGUCCUUUGAGGACGAGCUGCCCUACAUACCCACCACGCUGCCCGAGGAGCGGGCCCAGGGUGUACCUAUAAUCCCCAUGAGAGAACGAGCGAAUAUGGAGCUGAAGACGUGCCCGGUGGACAGGCCAAGAUCCACCACGCCGCUGAAUCCAUCGCAUCUUGAGGAGUACUGCACGGGAAUCAUGACACCGCAGGAGGCAACACCUGGUGGGUAUCAAGAGACCGACGGAGUAGGUGGUGCUAGCACUGGAAUUGGAGGCGGUGGACUGGUCGGAACUCCAGUGCGGGGGGAGAAGCUGAGGAUCAGUCUACCACGCAAGGAGUCCAUCGGCAAGGAACGUAUACAGAACUCCAAGUCACCGCGUCGUGUGUCUAACACCAGUGGCAAGUCCUGGUUUGAAUUCGCCGAGGAGGGUCUUCGAGCCAAUAACAACCUGGAGCGCAAGGAUUCCGCCAAACAAUUGCUCCCGGUGGUCACACCUCCACCAGCUACUUCUUCUACCCUGGAGGAACCGAAGCCGAAGGCCUCAACCCAACGAAAGCUCUCCGGGCAUUGGAUCGACUUCGAGAACAUACCCGAAAAGAGGAAACCGGCCAAGAGGAUCACCACCCUGCCCAAGGAAACGAUAACGAGCAGUGUGCCCGUCACGGCCACCACCAGUUCCUCUUCCGCCUGCGGCAGUGGUCAUCGUUCCGGCACCGGAACUGGCCACCAUCAUCAUCACCACCACCAUCACCAGCAGGCGUCAAAAACGAAUACGGAAGGCGGGGAUAAGUUGCACUACAACUACGUAAAGCCGGAGGACUGUCAGUGCGAGUGUCACGAGGCGGAGCGCGGCGAAUCCUCGCAAGCAACGGCCGGAGCGGGAGAUACCAGUACAGAAACGGGCACUGGAACGGGAACGGGAACGGGCAGCGAGUCUCUGGCGUCCGUGGAGCUGCUGCAGCAGGGCGAGGACAUGUUGCCACUACUCGAACCCGACACCUCAGCGGAGGGCAGAAUUUACGGGGACGAGGAACAGGCGCCUCUAAUGCGUCACAGUGGCAAGGGAGUCACCCAUCCCAGGAGCCAGCACGAGGAGUUUUCUCGUCGGGAGGGCGGCUCCAGUCCUCGCAAUCGCAAGUUCCCCGAAAGGAAGUAAGCAGCUAUGUUUUGGUUCGCAACGGAUCGGUUCUUUCUAGAUAUUCAGGGUAGCUUAGCCGGUAAUAUAUCUCUAUGUAAGUCGAGUCACUAAACUAAGGGCCAGCGUCUCCUCCUGGCCCAUAUCCUUAAUGUACCUCAAGCAGAGUGGUUGUUAUGUUAUGAUCGCUUGUCAAUGAUGCGUAUUCUAUGACUCUCGACUCGAUUAGCUUAACUCUAUAUGGAAAACAGAGAGGGGAAAUCAAAUAAUAUGAAAAGAAAUAUAUAAUUUAAACAUACGAUUAUAUUCAUACGCGAUACUCGGUACUAUUUAGCUCAUGAAUGUACAUGGUUAGGGUAAUUUUUUUGAUAGCAACAAUUACAACACAUACUCUAACUCUAUAUAGCAAUCCUGACGGACGAUCGUUUUCCCUAGAAACUUUUUGCUGGUAAUUUUACUAUAUGUGAUCUCGGAUAAAGUGUCAUGCAUGUGUGGCUAAGACACUUUGGACAUUCGAUCGGAUUCUCUAGCUGUAAGUCGGUGUAUUUGUGUGUAGUUUGUUAACUAGCUCAGACAAAUCCAGGAUCCAGAAUCCAGAAUUCAUAAUCCAGCAUCCAGAAUCCAAGGUCCCUAGGAUUAGUCACUAAUCUCUAUCAAUAUCGCUGUCUGUAUCUGUGUCCGAUUCUACAUAGAGGCGUGCGCAUAUGUGUGCGUAUGUGUGUGUGUUGUGGAUGUAUAUCUCUUUUAUAGCACCACUCCUCCCGAGUUCUCCCCAUAUCUCUAGGAAUCUCACAAUGAGACACAUUGAACGAUCUAUGAACGAGUUGUAAUCGUUUUCAGUUGGUCAAACACAAAAGUUAGCCUGAUUCAUAGCCUUUAGUUGAGUUCGAAGCGUUAGCUAGUUAGUCAGCCCCGAUUUACUGGGUGUGUUGUAAAUACAUACAUAUGUAAGUCAAACUAGAUUACAGUAUUCGAUGAAAAUUGGUUUUGGCAAUUUUUUCCCAUUUUUUGCGGACCAAAGAAAUGCCGCCAAGAGUUUGUGAACUUUUAAAUGGGUUUAUUAUACAUAUAGACAUAUAUGAAUAUUAUUAUAUAGCCAACAAACUGCCAGCACACACACACACACUUGCCAUAAGAAAAGUUCCUCCUUUGUUUUUGUUUGGGGGUAACCGGUUCAGUAAAUCACUAUUUGGUGACCCCGUUACGUAUAUGCGCUCAAACAUCACGAUACGAAAAAAACCAUCUAUAAACUAGCUUCGAGUCCUGCAAGGGAAUACCUUUUGAACACUCUCCUACGAAUACAAAAACACCAUCUAGCUAGCCUUUAAAAUUCCUAAAUACUUUAUUAAACUUAGCGGACAACGGACAUUCAUUGAAUUGAAGCAAAAUCAAGCAAAUAAAAACUUACAUUAAAGCAACUUAAGAGGAACUUAUAGGUAAAUUAUACAAUACAUAAACAACAUUGAAAAUGUGCGAAGGGGGUAGAGAAUUAAUGGGAGCUUGAUUCAAAAUACUGUGCGAGUUUAUCGAAUGAAUUUCAGAGCCCCAUGCAUUCCCAACAAUGAAUAAUGAGUAAUGGAAACCUUUUUUGUAUUUUUUUUUUUAGUAGCAGAAGUGGUGAAGCACAAAAUGCACUUGAAACAUAUACGAUAUAUAGACGUAAUGACGAAUUCAAACCAGAUCUUAACAAAUUGUACAAUAAUUUCCACAAUACAUUUAUGUGAGGAAAAUAUAUAUUCAUAUAUUUAGAGAUCUAAAUGUAAACGCAUUUACGCAUAAGUUGCAUUCCCGUUUCCGAAUCUUGUUCUCAAUACUUUUCAAUUGUUUUCAAAAAGGGAAUUUUUUUUGUAUUACUUAGACAAGCCACGAAAAAAUUGUUGUUACAAAUGCAUUUACAUUACAAAAAGAAGACGAGUUGAGCGUUUAAAUAAGCAAAGGAAUAUGAAGAAUUGUUACCAAGAUUUAUGCAUUCAUACGAAAAACAAAGUAAAACAGAUGGGUUAAGCAAAAGAAAAUAAAUUAAUAAAUAUAUAUGUAUGCACUUUCAUUAUUUAACGAUUUCAUAUAGGCGAUGAGGAUGAUUAUGCUGAAGAGCAGACAGAACAUUAAUUGAAAACUAUUCAUUAAAGUGACAAAAACAUAUUUAAACAA